AUGGCGAGUUCUGGGCCCGUCCCUGACCCGUUCCAGUACGCACCUUAUUUUGUCCGGUCUUCGGCUUGGUACGAGGGUGAACUCUGCAUCUUCAUUGCCCUGGAAUACAUGGCGCUGGGCGAUCUCCAGGGAUACUUGGGGAAGGCGAUUCCUGAAACGGAAGCCCGGACGAUCACAGUCCAACUGCUAGAGGGCCUGCGGCUCAUGCAUGACGAGGGAUUCGCCCAUAGGGACCUGAAGCCCGCUAAUAUCUUUGUCACGUCCAAAGGCCCCAGUUGGAAGGUCAAGAUUGGAGAUUUUGGAGUGAGCAAGCAAGUGGAUCAAGACAAAGAAGCCGCGGUCGAUGGUUCGGGCUUCGCCUAUACCCCGGCGGUAGACAUCUGGUCUCUGGGUGUCAUCACGUUCUACAUGCUUACAGGGAGACUGCCCUUUGAGGGACUGCGGGGGUUGUUCAAAUAUAUGGACAAACCUGACGACUCUCCGUUCCGUGCGAAAGUGAGCAAGUUGGCCGAGAAUGAGGCCAUGCAGGAGGUCGAUGAGGAGGUUGUUCCGGACUAUCGCCGAGGUUUAAGUAACUACCUACUGCUUCAGUUCCAGGCGAAUUUUGCAAUAUUCAUGGCUUCGCUCAUAGCCCCGGCCCAGUAA